UACAUAAAUAAAAUAUACAUAGUGUCGGCGGCUGUUUUUGUGCGCAGAUUUUGUUUUGUUUUGUUUGCCGUCUAACCAAACGCGGCAGUGUACGCCAAAUAACCAACGGACAUCGACCUCUCUGGUGUGUCGCAAAUAACACCAUAAAUAAAAGAGGUGUGUGACGACGUGCAACAAAUCGUUUCUUUGCCUUUUCUCUUCAAACUACAAAUAUGCCGCGUGUAGUUAAACAAGAAGGUGAUGACCCAGAUCCAACCCCAUACUUGUUCGUAUCUCUCGAACAGAAGAGAAUUGAUCAGACCAAACCCUACGAUGCGAAAAAGGCUUGCUGGGUGCCUGAUGAUGACGAAGGUUUCGUCCAGGGAGAAAUCCGAGGAACCAAGGGUGAAUUGGUCACCGUCGCUCUUCCUAAUGGAGAGGUAAAAGAUUUCAAAAAGGACCAAGUGGGACAAGUGAACCCACCGAAAUAUGAAAAAGCCGAGGAUAUGUCAAAUUUGACAUAUUUGAACGAUGCGUCUGUAUUGUAUAAUUUGAAAGAAAGAUAUUACCAUAAGCUCAUUUACACCUACUCCGGAUUGUUCUGCGUUGCUAUCAAUCCUUACAAACGAUUCCCCGUGUACACCAAUCGUUGCGCUAAAUUGUACAGAGGCAAGAGGAGGAAUGAAGUUCCACCCCACAUUUUCGCCAUUUCUGACGGCGCCUAUGUUAACAUGCUUACAAACAAAGAAAAUCAAUCUAUGUUGAUCACAGGAGAAUCUGGAGCUGGAAAAACUGAAAACACGAAGAAGGUAAUUGCGUACUUCGCCACUGUUGGUGCUAGCACAAAGAAGGAAGAGGAAGCCGCUGGUGGUGUUAAGAAGAAGGGUUCCUUGGAAGAUCAAGUUGUACAAACCAAUCCAGUAUUGGAAGCCUUUGGUAACGCUAAGACCGUCCGUAAUGACAACUCUUCUCGUUUCGGUAAAUUCAUCCGUAUUCAUUUCGGUCCCUCCGGUAAAUUGGCCGGAGCUGAUAUCGAAACUUAUCUAUUGGAAAAGGCUCGUGUCAUCUCUCAGCAAUCUCUUGAAAGAUCUUACCACAUUUUCUACCAAAUCAUGUCUGGAUCCGUGAAAGGCGUAAAAGAAAUGUGUAUGUUAUCUAACAACAUCUAUGAUUACAACAAUGUAUCUCAAGGAAAAAUCGCUAUUCCCGGAAUGGAUGACGGAGAGGAAUUUCAACUUACCGAUCAAGCUUUCGAUGUGCUUGGAUUCACUGAAGAAGAAAAGAAUGACAUUUAUAAGAUUACCGCCUCAGUCAUGCACAUGGGAGGCAUGAAAUUCAAACAACGUGGUCGGGAAGAACAGGCUGAAGCUGACGGCACUGAGGAAGGUGCACGUGUUGCAAAAUUAUUGGGCGUUGACUGCGAUGAUUUGUACAAAAAUUUAUUGAAACCCAGAAUCAAAGUAGGAAACGAAUUCGUCACACAAGGUCGUAACAAGGAUCAAGUCUCCUACUCUGUGGGUGCUAUGUCCAAGGGUAUGUUUGACAGACUUUUCAAAUUCAUGGUGAAAAAAUGUAAUGAAACUUUGGACACACAACAAAAACGUCAACAUUUCAUCGGUGUGUUGGAUAUUGCUGGUUUUGAAAUUUUCGACUUCAACGGGUUCGAACAGCUUUGCAUUAAUUUCACCAACGAAAAACUGCAACAGUUUUUCAACCAUCACAUGUUUGUAUUAGAACAAGAAGAAUACAAACGCGAAGGUAUUGAAUGGACAUUUAUUGACUUUGGAAUGGAUUUGCAACAAUGCAUUGAUCUUAUUGAAAAGCCCAUGGGUAUCUUGUCCAUCCUUGAAGAGGAAUCUAUGUUCCCCAAAGCCACGGAUAAGACCUUUGAAGACAAAUUGACCUCCAACCAUUUGGGUAAAUCACCCAACUUCAGGAAACCAGCUGUUCCCAAACCAGGUUGCCCAGCCGGACAUUUCGCACUUGCCCAUUACGCCGGUGUGGUAUCAUACAACAUCACCGGUUGGUUAGAAAAGAACAAGGAUCCAUUGAACGACACUGUUGUUGACCAAUUCAAAAAAGGAACAAACAAAUUGUUGGUAGAGAUCUUCGCUGAUCAUCCAGGUCAAUCUGGUGGCGCUGCUGCUGACGCCGGUGGCAAAGGAGGUCGUGGAAAGAAGGGUGGUGGUUUCGCCACUGUGUCGUCAUCCUAUAAGGAACAAUUGAACAACUUGAUGACAACAUUGAAGAGCACACAACCUCAUUUCGUACGUUGUAUUAUUCCCAAUGAAUUGAAACAGCCUGGUGUGAUUGACUCUCACUUGGUAAUGCACCAGCUGACAUGUAACGGUGUACUUGAAGGUAUCCGUAUUUGCCGUAAAGGUUUCCCCAACAGAAUGGUAUACCCAGACUUCAAACUGCGAUACAUGAUCUUAGCACCCGCAACUAUGGCUGCUGAAUCUGAUCCUAAAACAUCAGCUGCUAAAUGUCUCCAAGAAAUCCAAUUAGAUCCGGAGAGUUACCGUAUUGGGCACACAAAGGUAUUCUUCCGUGCUGGAGUAUUAGGUCAGAUGGAAGAAUUACGUGAUGAACGUCUAAGCAAAAUCAUUGGAUGGUUACAGUCAUACAUUCGUGGUUAUAUUGCCAGAAAAGAUUUCAAGAAAUUACAAGACCAGAGAUUGGCUCUAUUGGUUAUCCAGAGAAGCUUAAGGAAAUACAUGAAAUUGAGGUCGUGGCCAUGGUGGAAGAUGUGGUCUCGCGUCAAACCAUUACUCAAUGUGGCUAACAUUGAAGAUGAAUUAAGAAGAUUGGAAGAAGAAGUAGACAAAGUCACAGCUGCAUUUGAACGUGAAGAGAAACUUCGUAAAGAACUCGAAGCACUCAACACCAAACUGUUGGCUGAGAAGACACAGCUACUUCAAUCUCUGGAAGGUGAAAAGGGAAGUUCAUCCAGCAUCCAAGAAAGAGCAGCUAAGUUGGCGGCACAAAAGAGCGACUUGGAAUCUCAACUUUCGGAAACUCAAGAGAGGUUAACCCAGGAAGAAGAUGCGCGUAACCAACUGUUCCAACAGAAAAAGAAAUUGGAACAAGAAAAUGCUGGACUCAAAAAAGAUGUCGAAGAUUUGGAACUUUCUAUUCAAAAGUCCGAUCAAGAUAAGGCAUCUAAGGAUCACCAAAUUCGCAACUUGAACGAUGAAAUUGCUCACCAAGACGAACUCAUCAACAAGUUGAACAAAGAAAAGAAAUUGUCUGGUGAAACCGCCCAGAAAACUGCCGAAGAAUUACAGGCGGCUGAAGACAAAAUCAACCAUCUUAACAAAGUUAAGAACAAGUUGGAACAGACUUUGGACGAGUUGGAAGACUCGUUAGAACGCGAAAAGAAAUUAAGAGGUGAUAUUGAAAAGGGUAAGAGGAAGACUGAAGGAGACUUAAAACUUACCCAAGAAGCUGUUUCUGAUUUGGAACGCAACAAAAAAGAACUUGAACAGACAAUUCAAAGGAAAGACAAGGAAUUGGCUUCUCUUACUGCUAAACUAGAAGAUGAACAAGCUUUAGUUGGCAAACAACAAAAACAAAUCAAAGAACUUCAAUCAAGAAUCGAAGAACUCGAAGAAGAGGUUGAAGCUGAAAGACAAGCCCGCGCUAAGGCUGAGAAACAACGCGCUGAUCUUGCCCGUGAAUUGGAAGAGUUGGGUGAACGUCUUGAAGAAGCUGGUGGUGCUACUUCCGCUCAAAUUGAGUUGAACAAGAAACGUGAAGCUGAGAUGAGCAAACUCCGACGUGAUUUGGAGGAAGCUAACAUUCAACACGAAGCUACCUUAGCCAACUUACGCAAGAAGCACAAUGAUGCUGUUUCAGAGAUGGGUGACCAAAUCGACCAGUUGAACAAACUCAAGACCAAGGCUGAGCACCAUUCACAUUAUCUAUCCAACGACUUAAACAACACUAGAGCUGCUGUUGAUUUAAUAUCUAGAGAAAAGGCCCAGACCGAAAAGAUCUACAAACAAGUACAACACCAAUUGAACGAAGUUCAAGGUAAACUUGAUGAAACCAACCGCACAUUGAACGACUUUGAUGCUGCCAAGAAGAAGUUGAGCAUUGAAAACUCCGACUUACUUCGUCAAUUAGAAGAAGCCGAAUCACAGGUUUCACAGUUGGCUAAGAUUAAGAUUUCACUCACCACUCAACUCGAAGAUACUAAGAGACUGGCUGAUGAAGAAGGAAGGGAACGCGCUACACUUUUGGGCAAAUUCAGAAACUUGGAACACGAUAUUGAUAACAUCCGUGAACAAUUAGAAGAAGAAGCAGAAGCUAAGGCUGAUAUUCAAAGACAAUUGAGCAAGGCUAAUGCUGAAGUUCAAUUGUGGCGUACCAAAUAUGAAUCUGAGGGUAUUGCCAGAGUUGAAGAACUUGAAGAAGCUAAACGUAAAUUGCAAGCUCGUCUCGCUGAAGCUGAAGAGACCAUUGAGUCACUCAACCAAAAGGUUGUUGCUUUAGAGAAGACGAAACAACGUUUGGCAACUGAAGUAGAAGACUUACAAUUGGAAGUCGACAGAGCGACAGCAAUUGCUAAUGCUGCUGAAAAGAAGGCCAAGGCUAUUGACAAGAUCAUUGGAGAAUGGAAACUCAAGGUUGAUGACUUAGCAGCUGAAUUAGAUGCAAGCCAGAAAGAAUGCAGAAACUAUUCCACUGAACUUUUCCGUCUUAAGGGAGCCUAUGAAGAAGCCCAAGAACAAUUGGAAGGAGUCAGACGUGAAAACAAGAAUUUAGCUGAUGAAGUCAAGGACCUUCUUGAUCAAAUUGGUGAAGGUGGCAGAAACAUUCAUGAAAUUGAAAAGCAACGCAAACGAUUGGAAGUUGAGAAGGAUGAACUCCAAGCUGCAUUAGAAGAAGCUGAAGCAGCAUUAGAACAGGAAGAAAACAAAGUAUUGAGAGCACAAUUGGAACUGUCUCAAGUUAGACAAGAAAUUGACAGACGUAUCCAAGAAAAAGAAGAGGAAUUCGAAAACACCAGGAAAAACCACCAACGUGCUUUAGACUCAAUGCAAGCUAGCUUGGAAGCUGAAGCUAAAGGAAAGGCUGAAGCUCUUAGAAUGAAGAAGAAGUUGGAAGCCGACAUCAAUGAACUUGAAAUCGCUUUAGACCACGCCAACAAAGCUAAUGCUGAAGCCCAAAAGAAUAUUAAACGGUAUCAACAACAAUUGAAGGAUGUGCAAACUGCUCUUGAAGAAGAAUCUAGGGCUAGAGAAGACGCCAGAGAACAGUUGGGAAUUUCCGAAAGACGUGCUAACGCAUUACAAAACGAACUGGAAGAAUCCAGAACCUUAUUGGAACAAUCUGACCGUGGCAGGAGACAAGUUGAACAAGAAUUGGCUGAUGCUCAUGAACAGCUCAACGAACUUUCCGCACAGGCUACCUCCAUUUCUGCUGCCAAGAGGAAAUUGGAAGGAGAACUACAAACCUUACAUUCUGACUUAGACGAGUUAUUGAAUGAAGCCAAGAACUCUGAAGAAAAGGCCAAGAAAGCAAUGGUAGACGCUGCCAGACUUGCUGAUGAACUUAGAGCCGAACAAGACCACGCACAAACCCAAGAAAAACUUAGGAAAGCUCUUGAAACACAAAUCAAGGAAUUACAAGUAAGAUUAGAUGAAGCUGAAAAUAAUGCAUUGAAAGGUGGUAAGAAAGCUAUUCAGAAACUCGAACAAAGGGUACGAGAAUUGGAGAAUGAGUUGGACGGUGAACAACGCAGACACGCUGAUGCGCAAAAGAACCUAAGAAAAUCUGAGCGUAGAAUUAAGGAGUUGAGCUUCCAAGGAGACGAAGACAGAAAGAACCAUGAGCGUAUGCAAGACUUGGUUGACAAACUGCAACAAAAGAUCAAGACAUACAAGAGACAGAUCGAAGAAGCCGAAGAAAUUGCCGCACUCAACUUGGCUAAGUUCCGUAAGGCCCAACAAGAACUGGAAGAGGCUGAAGAAAGAGCCGAUCUAGCUGAACAAGCAAUUGCAAAGUUCAGAACAAAGGGCAGAUCAGGAUCUACAGCACGAGGCGGAAGCCCAAUUGGACACAGGCCGCCCGUUAAACCACAAUUCGACGGAUUCGCCUUCCCACCCAGAUUCGACCUCCACCCAGAAGGCGACUUCUAAACAAAAUUUAACUUAUUUGUAAUAAAACUUUAAAAAAAAUGUACUACAAUAUUUUUAUUUUAUUUUUCGAAAUGUAUCAUAAAACACCACGUACACACCAAACAGCAGCAUCAACCAUACAUCUACAUCAUAUUUUGCGACACACAUGCGGCCUGUCUGUAUUUAUUAGUGUGUAAAACAAUGUUUUAUUUAUAUGAAAACAAAUUAUCAUAAUGAUAACUAUGUUGUUCAACAAAAAUUCUUUUAAUUUAAAAUUAAUUUUAACCCCGUUGUACAAUUCAGCUUCUUUAAUGUUUCCAAUAAAGAUAUGCUAAUUGUUAACUUAUAA